AAAAAAAAGCAAAAUGCAUGCAAGUUGGAGCUCUGCUAAUUAAAAGACGCAAUUUGAGGCUUUUGUGCUCUCUGCAGUUUUCAUUAUGGAUCAAUCUGUGUGUUGAAACGCGGACAAAAGCCUGAAAAACUGUGAAAUAAACUUUACUACAUGUAAUGCAUUCAUAGUCUGUAUGUGUCUUGUUAUGAGCAGCACUAUAUUCUCACUCUUAACUGUUAUUUGUAAUUAUUUGUGCUAUUGUUGAUGUUGUUUUCUGGGUUGAGGUGUUAUAAUCAAUAUAUUUUUUGUUAUAUUUUAUAUGUAUGGUGUUUCAGUGUGGAAAUAAUAACAUCCAGUAACAGCACAGCUCUUUUAUUUUGAAGGCGGAAGUUAAGAGUGUGUAACCCUGCAGCUGUAACCGGCUGCUUGACGCAGCUGGAUUUCUGAUUUUUCGAGAAUCACGUGAUCUGUGGGAGGGUCAGUUAACUAUAAAGCCCAACCUUUUCUUCUUCUUCCCUGUCAGACACACUGAGAGUCACUGCAGACUAUUUUACUUUCUGUCCGGAGUUACCAGCCUGCUGCCAUAAUCGGACCGGGAAACAACAACCACACAAUGGCCCAGUGGCAGGAACUGUUGAGGCUUGACUCAGCACUGCAGGGCCAGGUGAGCCGACUGUAUGAGAGGAAAUUCCCCCGAGAGAUCCGUCACUGUCUGAGCGUCUGGAUCGAGAGCCAGGACUGGGAUUCGGCAGCUGGGAAUGAAAAUAAAGCGAGAACUUGUUUUGAUGCACUACUGAAACAUUUGGAAGAACAGUGGAACAUUUCUAUCCAGAAGCACAAGAUUUUGCAGGGACCUGAUUUUCCAGGAUUAAAGAACUACUUACUGGAGAACUUUGGACAUGAUCCGCUGAACUUUGCCGUUAUCGUCUCUGAAUGUCUGAAGGAGGAAAAGAGAAUCCUUGUUUCCGCCUCCGCGUCACAGGGUUGCGGUCGUCCGACCAUGGAACAAACAUGGAGAGAGUUGUACAAAAACGUUGAAGAACUGAGACGGCAGACUUCGGAUAUAAAGAAGGAAAUUAAGUCACUGGAGGCCCUGAAUGAAAACCUCGACCAUAUACAGAAGACCUGGCAAAGCGAAGUGGAGCAGCGUGUUGGAUUGGCUGUGUCUCGUGCUUUUGUGGAAGAUGAAUGUUUGAAACGGGCCAAAUUUAUCGUACGAACAAAGCAGAUGGUGCUGCAGCAGAUAUUGAACAUUUUAAACUUGGCAAAGCAGGUUGUGGAGACUCUCACAGCUGUGGAGCUGCCUGAGUGGAAGCACAGACAGCAGAUGUCCUGCAUAGGAAGUCCAGCUGACACCAGUCUGGACCAUCUCCAGAAAUGGUUCACAACUGUGGCAGAAGUGCUCCAACAAAUACAUCAAGAGCUGCAGAAACUGCAAGAACAGAGCAAGAAAUACAACAUCACUGAUGACUCCAACCUCCCUGGACUCCCAGAUAUUGAGAAAUUCACACUGUCCUUGUACAAAGAACUUCUCACCAAGGCUCUAGUGGUUGAGAAACAACCUAUCAUGUCGAGCUUGCCAAAUCGCCCCCUGAUACUGAAGACCAGGGUGCGAUUUGCAGUGACAGUGAGGUUCUUAGCAAACCUCCCAGAAUUCAAGUGCCGACUCCAAGUCAAACCUGUGUUUGACAAGGAUGUUGAAGAAGUCAAGACAGUUAAAGGGUUCCGCUGCUUCGAUUUCACCGUGGAUAACAGUAAAGUGUUGGAUGUGGACGCGCCGGAAGGAGGCUUGGUGGCAGAGUUUGGGCACAUGUCACUCAAGGAAAGCAAAGUGAAAACUAAAGGAGCAGCUGAGAGUCGUCUGGGAGUCACUGAAGAACUCCACAUAAUUAAAUUUGUGACGGAGUUUCAGUACGCCGGACUGGAGUUUAACAUUGAGGCCAGCUCGCUGCCUGUGGUUGUCAUCUCCAGUACCAGUCAGAUCCCCAGUGCCUGGGCCACAGUGAUGUGGUACAGCAUGCUGUCCACCAGUGAACCGAAGAACCUUUCAUUGUUUGUCGACCCUCCUCCACUCGCCUGGCAGCAGCUGUCGCAGGCUCUGAGCUGGCAGUUUCUGUCUGUUGGCAAACGAGAGCUCAAUGAAGACCAGCUCUCCACGCUGAGACACAAAAUUGUGGAUGAUCCUGAUGAUCUUGUUCCCUGGCAGAAGUUCUCCAAGAACGAAGGCGUUUGGAUCUGGAUUGAUGGAAUCCUGGAUUUGAUCAAAAGACACUUGGUGGACUUUUGGAAGGAUGGGUCCAUCAUGGGGUUCGUGAGCAGGGAGAAAACAAAAUCCCUGUUGAAGGAAAAACCGGCCGGGACCUUUCUGCUCCGCUUCAGUGAAAGCAUCAUAGACGGUGCUAUCACCUUCAGCUGGGUCGAUCACUCCAACGGCGAGGCUUAUGUGCAUUCAGUAGAGCCCUACACCAAGAAGGAAAUGUUGGUGGACACUCUGCCGUACAUCAUUUACAACUACAGCCUGAAAGUCAAAGGGAACAAGACCAGGAACCCUCUGCUUUAUCUUUACCCAGACAUCGACAAAGACACAGCCUUCGGACGCUACUACAGCAGUUCUAGUAUGCCGACAUUCGAAGAGAUAAACGGCUAUGUGAGGAAAAUACGCGGCCAUCAGUCAGACGAUCCUACGCCACCUCCCUCUCCACCUCAAGAGCUGCUCUACACGGACGUGGACAUGGAAACGGAAACAGACGCCUGUGUCAAAACCGCCAUCGCACAUAUGGAGGAUCACCAACUGAUGCAGGAACUCUUCCCUGAUUUACUUGACACAUCUCGAUCCCCUUUCUACCGCACAUCUGAAGAGGAGACGCUCAUCAAGUCAGGACAAUUUUGUUUCCCCCCGGGAAAUGUGCCAGCACCUUUUUGUCAGGAUGAAACAUUUUAUUAAUCAAGAACAAGCAAUGUGUUUUGAUGCAUAUAUCAGUGAAAUACAAUGAUACAUCUACUGGGGAUUUAAUGUUCUGCUAGAUGUUUUAAAUAUGUUGUACAAAGAUAUCGUGAAUGUUAAGAUGUUUGGGCGAUGCAAUAGAUGUUUAAACUGACUGCCUCUCUAUGUUCUUAUGAUGAUUAUUUGUUAAUAAUUGAUUUGUUUUUCUUUUUGGAGAUUCACUUGAAUGUUUAUACAAACUGACUUUGUGUCUCUCUACUGCUGUGUGUGUGUAAAAGACAUCGCUGUACUGUAUUUCAUUUUGUUCAUUAAAAUAAACAUAUUUUUAACCCAUUCCAGUGCCGAGGGAAAUCACAUCUUCAUUAUACAGCACCGAAUCUACAAUAAUAACUUUAUUUAUGGAGAGAAAACAAAGAAAACAUUAAGUGGUCAAAUUUCUUGACUGCUUGUCUUCAGUUUUCCAGGAGUAUCAGUCCUGACUAGGGCUGUAGUCAACCAAAGAAA